CUUGGUAGUGCUGCCUGGUGAAGUACAUUUGUUCUUCUUCCCUGGUUUUUUGCUCAGGUAAAGUAGAUGGUUUGUUUUCCAUCUAUCGAUCAUGUAUCCAAGAAGCAAAAGAAGGUCCUGAUUUAGUAGAUUUUUGUAGACCCUAUAAGUAGAUGACUUGCGCAUCAUGCACAUGUGACUGUAUCAACUGCUAAGUGAAGGAGAUAUUCGUCCUCAUUCUUUAUAACUAAAAAGAUGAGGACAUCAAUUACUGCUGGUUUUCUUUGGAGGGCCGCGAGACUGACCUGGCCUUCCUCAGCUGCGAGCGGUCAUAGUGGGCCACGUCGGAUGCCACCGGUUAUGGAUCAUUGUCGAUUUUUGCGGGCUUUGGCUCUAGUUGGACUGCUUUGGCAACUUAUCGACGAUCUGUUUUAUUUUUUCGAACAGAGGCAGUACAUAAAGAGCGAUUCACGUUCGCUUGAUGAUAGAAAAUCCGACGCUAGAAGUGGUGCUUGCUCAUAUUACCCCUUUACAAGUAGGCAGAGGCAGCACCUUCGAGGCAGUGGAGAAGAGCUCUGGGAAGCCGAGAGCGAGAUGCGGGUCGAGCAGAGAUCUGCGUCAGGGAGUUUAGCUUUUGUCCGUUAUCCCAUGCUUCUCGCCCUCGCAGCAGACACCAGUAGCGGACCCGAUGAACAAGCAUUUGAAAGUGAAAGUAAAUCCAAGAAUAAAGCGAAGAAACCACCAGGGAAAAAGAAAGGUAAGUACUUACCUACGCGUCUUGACUUUGAUUAUGCAUUAACUCUGUUGCUGAAGACAGACAGAGAUAAGAGAAAUGCAUACAAAUACAUUUCGCCCCAUUUUUUUUCGGACAUGGACGUCUCGUGAACAACCUUCUUCCAGAUGGGGCCGGCAAAAAAAAUAAGGGAGAAAUGGAAGCGCCAGCAACAUGCACAGCUGAAUUGCAGUUUACGCCUGGCGAGGCGGCAAUGGACGUAAAAUUAGACUACUGUGUCGAACACGCCCAAUACACGUGCUGCCGACGCCCACAUGCCAACAGGGUGAAGUCAAAGAUGAACGAGCACGCGGUUAGUAUGAUGCGGAGUGGGCAGUACUCUUUGACCUUUGAAAAUUUUGAAACUGGACGACCUCAGACUUCUAAAGUUUCACAUUGAUUAAGGCCAAGCUCUCGAUGAUUCAUUAGCUUUUUAUCUUCACUGCUCGGGGUCGUCAUAUUGUUCUUACUCAUGUCGUAAAAAAUUACAGACUCCGUCCUCAUGGGUGUCUGCAAAAAGCAAAAAUGGCAUUCUCUAUUACGACAGGUGUGCAACUAUGACGAGACAGAUGCUUUGUAGCCAGUGCGACGGCGAUAUCGGAACGGGCCUCUUGUCAGCUGGAGGUGUGAUGCACAUAUGUCCUGUGCUUUGCGAUGCGUGGUUUAGCUCUUGUAAAGGUAUGAAGUGAUUACUUUUCCAUUUGUUACUGAAAUACUACAACGAGCAUGGAUGCAAGUAACUAGACAAUAAGAAAGAAAAUAGGAUCGUGUCGUUCCACCUCCAGAGUGAGUUGUUACUUCAAUGAAUAAUAAAUAGGCUUUCUGCCCCUUGUGUCUCUACCAGCAGACCUCAACAAGGAGCUACUAGGCCUGAUGUUAUGAUUCUCCAUAAUGAAACACUCCUCCAGACGAAUUCUGGCUUUCGCGUGGAGGCGGAGAGCUCGUUCCCUGCAAUAAUGACGUCGGAUGUCGCCCGCUUCACGAGUUGGCGGGAGAUUCCCAGGAUUUUUGCGAAAAUGCCUUUUCGAAGUUUCACGCUAUUGAGGUAGCAAAUCCAGCGGAUGAGCCAGAUCUUUGCUACGACGGCGUCCCAGCAAGUAGAACGAAGAAAGGAGAUAAGGUAUUGUUGUCAAUUGAUUUACUUAUUUCUGGAGGUUGUAUUUCAGCUGACGAAGCAUAGAAAGAAGCUAGUCAAAAGUAUUCAUUGAGAACUUCUUCCUACCUGAUGUUCUACUCCAACAGUGGCCGCCGCCAUCGCGCACUUCGAGUCCCGGGGAAAUGCCGUCAGGAAAUAUUUUCGUUCGCACACACCAAAUGAUGUAUCGCGAGUUCCGAAAGUUUUGUUCGGCUUUUCUACGCAGCGUGGUGGCCCCCUACGGGCACUAUUUGCUCGCGAUCUUUUUUGUUCUCGGGAGCCUCAUCUUGCACCUCGACAGUCGGCAGGGCUAUCCGCUGCUUUACGGAAUGCUAGGCACUUUCGGGAUACUCACGGUGAACCGCAAGCCGCGUGGUCGUGGAACCACGAAAGACACAGGCCCUUCCGCGAUGCUCUGCAACCAUGUCAAAGGAGUAAAGGAACGAGAAGGCAAUGGCAGUGUGUACCUCGACGAAGAGAGAUAUGUAGAAGACGAAGAAUACAGAGCAUACAUUGACAAGCUCAUAGAACAGCAGGACGUGCGAAAUCGGGAGAGGCGAGGUGCACCGGAGCCGGACGGGAGAGUCAUGCUGUUGCCAAGUGGCGGCGCCGUUCUAUCUGACAGGGACGGCACUUCUGCAGCCGAGGAGCCCUCGUCUUCCUCAUCGAGUGGAAGUAAUAGUAGCUCCGGGGCAGGCAAGAGUGCAGCAGCAUCCGCGAGCCCAAAAAGCGGACUAGAAACUGCGCCAACUGCUGCGCGGCAGCGUGGAGGAGACAAUAUUGCUGCUGCAUAACAUACGACGCUUCUGAAUCGAGACUGCGUCAACGACGGCCAGUUCAUUUUGCUGAGACAUAACCCAAACGAACCCCAUCCCCAGCAGACCCAUCCCGAUUACAAUCCUCAUCCCAUCGCGCGAAAUUUCCCAGUUUUCCACAUGCUUAUUUCGAAGAAACCACCUUGUAGCACUUAAGUGUCGUUUUCGUGAAUAAUGCAAGUCCUUCUACUCAACGCUGAGAAUAGAAACAAUUCGUUGAAUUUUCAGCUUGAUAUUGUAUGUUUUUGCGGUGUCACGUUGUUAUAGACAGACUGAUCAGAACACUUUC